AUGGUUGGCAGGUUGAACUUGCCAAAUGUAUGUGAAGGUGAUCCACUGGAUAUGAGCUGCAAGGCUGAUAGAGGACUUGACAGCCCGGACUCUGGGUUACCCCCGAGCCCGAGCCCCAGCGCGUGGCUCCUGCCUGUGUGCGCGGAUAAAGCCGGGGGUGUGAGCCCUGUGUCUGAAGAUGAAGGAAGGGGCUCCCUGGUGCCAGUUUCACCCUCUGGAUCUUUGCCACAGCUGCAGACGUUGUCCUAUGGGGAGGGUAUAGCUCUUGAUCCGUUACCGCCCAAAGAGAUAAGAUACACCUCAUCCGUGCAUUACGACUCAGACCGCCACUUCAUCCAGGAUGUGGCCCUACAGCCGUGGGGCCAGGGCCUCGAACACUGCAUGCAGACCAUCAUGGCCGUGCCCCAUAGCACCUGGCGCCACUACAAGACACAGCUGGAGUUUCAGCCUCGCCACCGGCCGCAAAGCUUCAAGAGCACCACUAUCCUCUACCCCAAGAAAACCAGCACCUUGUAUACCACAGAGCUGAGCUACGACUGCCACCGGCUAGCCAGGCGCUUCCUCUCCAGUGUAGAGCUGGAGACUGCUGGCAGUAGAAAGCUACCUCAGUGAGGGGGGGGGGGGGAGGGGGACAGGUGGCAAGGGGACAAGACUCCUAUACUGUAGCUCCCCCAAGACUGCCAUAGACCUGCUGUGUUGUCGUUACAGUUGUGUAGUCUGCUAUCCUUUUUUUUUUUUUUUUUUUUUUAACUAUCCAUCACAAGCUGUGGACAGGAAGCCGCUGUGCUGUGUGGCUACAGAUAGAGAUGAGAAGAUAUGGACUAAAUGGAUGAAAUGACUGUUCUAUCUAAGCCUUGAUAUGUUGAUAUCCCCACCAGUGGAUGAUUCAUACUUAGAAUAGAUAUUUUAUUGGACUCUUUGUUGUUUUUGUUGAUGGGGUGAAUACUUAUUGUCACUCUGCUCACAUCAAGGUGAACAAUAAUGCAAAGUGAAGAAGAAGAAUGAUUUUUUUUUUUAGAAGAGCAAAAAUGGGUUAGGUUUCAAGGUGGGCAAACAUAAGAGUGAAGGAGUGGCGGAGCAAUUAAAUGUGGUGUGCGGGAGUUUGGAUGCAUGCUAAAUCACUAACUUAG